GGGGAGGUACAGCAGAAAUCGUCUGACACUGAAACAUUAAAAAAAGAUCUCUGAGGCCUUGCAAAGGAGUCUUGUUUCAUGCAGGGAGAAUUGCUUUGACUUUGUGUUCAUCCUGUUAAAUCAGGAACUGCCCAAGAAGUAGAGGAAUAGAUCUUAGUCAUCUGGAUUUAAGAAGAACAAUGUCUCUUCCCCGACAGCUGCGAGAAAAGAGUGAUUUUGACCAGCUUCCAGAUGAUGUACCUGUUUCAGCUAAUAUUGCAGAUAUUGAAGAGAAGAAAGGCUUUACUAAUUACUAUAUGUUUGUCAUUGAAGUAAAGCUUAAAGGUUGUGGCAGAUACCUGAUUUUCCGGCGCUAUCGUGAGUUCUAUGCCCUGCACACCAAACUAGAGGAGAGAUAUGGGCCAGAGAGCAAUAACAGCCCAUUUACCUGCACACUCCCUGUACUGCCAGGAAAAGUUUUUGUUGGUGCCAAAAAGGAAAUUGCUGAGAACAGGAUUCCUAUCCUAAAUGUCUACAUGAAGAACCUGCUCUGCCUCCCUGCUUGGGUGUUGAUGGAUGAGGACGUUCGGCUGUUCUUCUACCACUCAACCUUUGAUGGUGAGCAGGUGCCUCACAGACUGAGACGGCUUCGCCCACGGACACGCCGAGUUAAGAGCAUUUCAGAUCAAGUGCCUGUUUUUGACCGCACCGCAGCUCCACGGGCUGAGGCACUGUUUGAUUUUCCUGGAACCAAUAAACUGGAACUCAAGUUCAAGAAGGGAGAUUUGAUCUAUCUACUCAGCAAAGUAAACAAAGACUGGUUGGAGGGAACUGCUGAUGGCGCCACUGGGAUUUUCCCAUGUGCUUUUGUGAAGAUCAUAAAAGAUUUACCACAGCAGGAAGACACAGUUAAUAAAGUUCGCUGUUAUUACUAUGAUGAGACUGUGAGCACCAUCAGGGACAUCUCAGUGGAAGAGGAUCUUAGCAGCAUUCCAUCAUUCAGAGAUCUAAUGGCAUUGAUGAGGCAGGAGUUUAACCAAGAAGACAUUGUUUUGAAUUACCGGGACGCUGACGGUGAUCUGAUCCGCUUGCUCUCCGAUCAGGAUGUUGAACUCAUGGUGUCUCAGAGCAGAAAAAGUCCCUCUGAGAAGCACUUUUUCCCUUGGAAGUUGCACAUCACUCACAAAGAUGACUUGGGUGUCUACAACACUAGUCCAGGAACAGGUGCUCCUCAAACAGUAGGAGCAAUGUAAGUGCUAUAUAGACAACCCUCUCUGCAGGCAGUUUCCUUCAACAUGUCUUUGAAGUGUCCUUGAAAUGACUAAUUUUUAGUGAUAUAGUAACUUUCAGUGUAAAAUCUGUACUUAGUUAACUUCUUCAGCUUUUUAGCACACAUCUGCAAUACAGACAUCCACAAAGAGACGAGAGAAGGUGAGGAAAAGAGAAAUAAAAUAAUGAGCCAUGUUUACAAAGCAAGUCGGUGUCAGCCUGCAACAGAGGUCUCCUGAGCCCCUUGACCUGUUCUAGUUUCUGUUCUGUUCUGUUCUGUUCUCACUCCCGAGGCUAGUUAUUUGUCCAGAAUGUCUUCAUAAGCUUUUGUUUUUUCUCUAGACUCCCAUAAAUUUCUCUUCAUUUGCUGAUCUGAAGGUUUGUGGGCCAUUGUGUAAUUAUUUCUCUCAUGUUGGAGUCUGACUGGGUGUUCAGAGUUUGUCCUAGGAGCAUCAAGAAAACUUUUUUGGAUUGCAGUGAAGAAAUUGCAGCCCAUCUUAGCUUUCUUCUUUUCCACUGACUAGUAUAUUGAAUUCUGUGAAUCAAACCUAGUACACCUGUGGUGUUCCUUAUAGACCUUUAUAUAAUUGUACAAUCUACUUAUUUUCAUGUUCUGGGAAAAUGUGUAGGAUAUCUACUC